AUGGUGCAAGAGUUAAAUGAAAGUUUAAACUUGAACUUAAAAGAACCUGAUUUCAAGCAAGUUAUUAAGCGGAUUCAGGAGUUGAUUAGCAAGCCACCAAUUGCAAUUACUGAUGAAAACACGAUAGAAAGUUUAGAAACUGAAUUAAAUGAGGCACGACAAACUGCUAAAAAGCUAGAAAAAGAGCUAACUGGGACUAAUAGUUCCGUGGAGAAAGAUUUAGUAAACAUUGCCGAAACUACUUGCCAAGCGUUAGAAAAAAUUUUGCCGGAAAGUGCUUAUUUGUCGGUUCGGGAAGAAAUUCAACAAGCAACUAGUUAUCAGCAAAUAGUUCAAGCGCAAAAAAAAGCCCUUGAUGGUUAUUUAGCGAAAAAUGUUCAAUUGCCAGUAAUGGCUCAACCACAAAAAGAAUUAAUUCCCCAGCCAAACCAAGAAAGAAUUAUUUUAAUUAGUUGCUUAGUGGCUAGUGGUUAUCGAGAAGUAAUCGAAGAUAUUAAAUUCCACUUAGAGAAAAAGAAAGAAAGUUCUAAGCAAUCCGUCCAAGAACUUACGCAAAAGAAUCAGGGUAAAACCGGGAUUAGAACGGGAGUACCUUUGCUGGCAGAAGGAGAAUUGUCUCUUAAAUUGGAAGCCAAAGUCUCUCAUGGGAGGAGCCAUACUCAAUCCAAGACUGAAACUAUAGAAGGAAUGUUAGAAGUAAAUUGCCCCGCUAACUCCAUGGUAGUAGCCAAAGCAAUUUUGCAAGAACAUAAUUUAGAGAUUCCGAUUACUACAACAAUUUCUUGCUAUUUGACUGAUAAAAGCGGUAAUGAGAGGAAGUACACUUACAAAAUAGAUGGAACUUUUAAAGGAAAAUAUACCAAAGCAUUUGUUAAUUAUGAGAAGGCAGUUUCUUUGGAGCAGCAAGGUCAAGUUGUUCAACCAACCACCUUUCCUUUUAAUCCAGAUAAAUAA